AGCGCCACCUCGAGGCGAAGGAAGAGAAGCGCUCGAGGACCAGGGCUGGGCAGGCAGCAGGCUCCCUCACUGUAUGUCACUGCACCGUGCAUCAAAAGAUUUACAGGAUACAAAUCGGAUGCUGAAUACUCCGUACCUGACAAAGGGGUGUCAUAGGGGUUAAAGGUGAGCAGGUGUGGCAGUGGGCGUGGCAGAGAUGAGUGUCUCUUCCUGGUUCCUGGUGAGUGGCGGGGGCAUGAGGCACCGCCUCCCCUGGGAGAUGAUCUUUGUUGGUCGAGACGACUGUGAACUCAUGUUACAGUCCCGCAGUGUGGACAAACAGCAUGCCGUUAUCAACUAUGAGCCAACCACGGACGAACAUAAAGUCAAGGACCUGGGAAGCCUGAAUGGGACAUUUGUGAAUGAUGUCAGAAUACAGGAGCAGGUGUAUAUCACUUUGAAAAUUGACGACAAGUUGAGGUUUGGAUAUGAUACCAACCUGUUCACUGUGGUGCGAGGAGAGCUCCAUGUCCCCGAGGAAGCACUAAAGCACGAGAAGUUUAAUAGUCAGCUCCUGCUGCAGACGGUAAAGCCUCCAGAAGCUGUUCCGGAACCAUCCAGACCUGCAGUAGAGGUCAAGGCUGCAGCCCAGGGUGGUUCCGAGGGUGGAUCCGACGGGGCGGUGGCAGUGGGUAGUAAACCCCCUGAGACCAGCAGAGAGGAGGUCGGGGGUGACAAGCUGACAGGGGACAUUGCAGUACUAAAAAGGGGCACCCCUCUGUACGGCCAGCCUUCCUGGUGGGGGGACGGGGACGCAGACGAUGAGAACUCUGGGAAGCAGGAUGGGACGACAACUGACAGGAAGCAGGAGAGAUCUGAGUCAGAUGGUAAAGACCCCAAGGAGACAACAGCCGAGGCCCAGGAGAAUGGCCUGUACACCUCAGGCCAGGAGCCCAGUUACUUCGAGAUCCCCUCCUAUACCAACGAACCCCCCUCCCAAGACACGGAUGGCGCCACCGCCACUAACCCCGCCUCCGGUCCUGAAGUCAUCCCCCAGGGCCACGCCUCCUUCACCAUCAAGUUUGACCUGCAGGCGUCCAAUAAGGUGACGGUUAAGGACCGGGUGGCGAAGGUGGCGCCGGAGGUGAGGCCACGGCCCCCAAAGAAGGGCGCGGGAGAGGAGCUGAGCGCCCUGCAAACGGCCAUGGUGGCGGCGGAGGUGAAAGUAGCUGAUUGGCUGGCCCAGAACGAGAUCCCAUUGGCCCGUACGGAGUCGGUUGACAGAGUGGCGGAGGACGACGGGGAGAGCGUGAAGAGCGAUGUGCCGGUUCAGCUGAAGAGUCUUAAAGGUAGUAAACACGAGGACGGUACCCAGAGCGACUCGGAGAACGCAGCCGCGCUGGGAGAGCAACGCUGGGCCGCCCUCGAGGACCACUCCAGGGGGCUGUGGGGCGGCCGACUAGAGGGGUCAGGGGUCAAGAUACGAGAGGGGCGCGCCAACGUCCCAGAGGGACUCUUUGCCGAGGAAGAUAGCCCAGCCCGACGACACAGAUCCUCAGCUUCCAAAAUGGCACCCAUCGGAGGAGAGUUAAGAGAGAGAGAGAGGACCAAGGAUUCAGUUCCUUACCACCGCGACCAACACCAACCGAUAGGACUUGGGGAGGGGUUUCAGAAUCGCCAUGGAGAUGACUAUAGCGACCGGGGGACCUAUACCAUAGAGAUAGAGAACGAAGAUAACCAAGAGGAGGAGGCCAGGAGAAUGAUUGACAAGGUAUUUGGUGUGGAGGACUACCAGUCUCUGUCCAGGGUGGGGGGCUAUCCUGACAUCCAGAGAGAGAGACUGACCACUCAGAGACCAGGCUCAGGAGACAGAGGCAAGCCUGGACGUAUCGAACCAGAGUCUCUCCCAGAGGAGCUGGUUGUGGGUGGUCCCAGGUGGGUCUCCCAAUGGGCUACUCUGGCAGCCAGCCACAUCAGAACUGAUCCUGAGGGCUCUGGAGCUGAGUCCCAUGUCCACUACCACACUGAGGACAGAGCUGAGAUCAGUGAGUCCAGUCACUCUGCCUCCAUGGCCUCCUCCAGCUAUACAGAGCGCAAGAGGAGAACCCUGCCCCAGCUCCCCUCCACAAAGGAGGCAACCCCAGGGGGGAGGAGAUCCCCUGGUCCAGCUCAUCGCCCCUCCGAUGUGGGGGAGAAACAGGACACUGAGCUCCAGGAGAAGGAGAACCAGGAGAUGGGGAGAGUAGGGAGGACCAAGCCUGGUGGUGGAGGUGGUGGGGGUAGCCAGGCUGGUAGUGUGGGUGGAAGCACCAGAGGAAGUCCAAAAAAAGGCUCUCCAGCUAAGAACCAAGAUGCGGGAAGCCGGAAAGAAACUGUGUUGGCGAAACUGCCUCCUCGGCCAGUGAGUAGUGGGGGGAAGAGACUGGAGGAGGCACGGAGGAGGAAGAAGGAGAUGGAGGAGAAGGCUAAAGAAAGGGAGAGUGUUGGGAAACCGCUUCUUAGACAAGAGAGCUUUACGGUGGAGAGACCCAGCACCAACGUCCCCCAGGAGCUCAUCCCACGGAUUGACACGCAAACUGGGGCACGAAUACUGACAAAGGAGGGCAGGGUGGAUAGUACCACCCGGCAGAAGGACUCAGAGGCGGUGGGUGCAUUUCUGGAGACAACGGUAUCAGACCUGGGUGAACCAAUUAGCCAGUCCAUCGAGGGGUCUUUGUCGCCCGAGUCGGAUGUGGACACCACCAGCACCGUUAGCCAGGCAGCGGGCAUCGGAGGGCGGAAGGUGGUCCACCAGAAGAGACGUACCCUAGCGGCCCAACAGAAAGAGAGGGAGAAGACGGUGCUGAGUUCCUCCACCAAGGGGCCUACCAGAGCCAGAGAUACCCAGGAUAGGAAACCCAAAUCCAGACCGUCUGGAGGACAAGGGACCCGCCAAGCUGGUCGUGCCUGGACCUCCCUGGACCUAACAGAUGACGACGUCAACUCCAACUCCCUCCUCUCCGACUCCCAACCCUCCAUACAUGAGGUUAGCUCCCACAGUUCCCACGCCAGAACCCAAGCCGGAAGCACCAGAGUGGAGGCUAGCACCAAGGCUAGCCGGGCUAAAAACACCCAGGCGUCCAGCACCACCACGAACACCCUCAGUAAACCUACCACCACCUUGCCCAAGGUGCGGCCCACCCGGGCCUCGAUACUCAGACGUGCCCGUUUGGGGGACUCCUCCGAUACCGAACCAGCCGACAUGGACCGGAUGUCCGUAGCCUCCGAGGCUAGCACCGCUAGCUCCAGGUCCGCGGCUCCCGGACCAGGGAUCCGGAGAGGCCUGUCCCGCAUUGAGGCCCUGGCCCAGCCCAGGAAGCCCAGGAUGGGAUCUCCGUCUGCCCAGAGUGACUCAGAGGCCACGGGGGGCCGUAGCCGGGGGAUAGGGGCUCGUAGCAUUGCUACCAACUACGCCGUCCGACAGGGACUCAGAGGAGUCAGCAACAUGGGAGGGAUAAUACCCAGGGCCAGGGCUAACAGCGCCUCCAAACUACCUGACAAGUCUAAGGGCUACAUCACCCCCACAGCUGGUGGCCGGUGGCGCCGGAUGCCCAUGGACUACGCCUCCACCUCUGAGGACGAGUUCGGCUCCAACCGCCACCCGUCCAAGCACAGCGGUCCCGCCCGGCAGUUUGCGUCGCCGCGGCUGACCCAGCUGGGUGGCUCCGCCCCUGCCACGCCCAGUCCGGGGGGCAUAGCGGCUCUGAGGCAGCAGUCAGCAGGCAGAGAACAGGAGGAGUACAUGAAGGACUGGACCACUCACAGUGAAGAGAUCGCCAGGAUCAGUCAGGACCUAGCCAAAGACCUGGCCAUGCUGGCCAGGGAGAUCCAUGACGUGGCCGGAGAGAUCGACUCAGUCAGCCCAGCCGCUAGUGCUGCCACUGACCCAGGAGCCAUGUUGGAGGAGCGAGUUUUUGACGAUGGCUUGGAUCUGGGAAGCGGCCCAUCUACAGAGAACAUUCUGGGUAAUAACAUCCGCCCCGUGGAGCUCCGGCCACGCAACUCAAACAGACAGGGUCCCCGCGCCAUUCGCCGCCAGACCUGGAACAGAGAGGACGCGGUGUUGGACAGUUUACUAUUAGCAUCUGUGACCCAGCUCUCUGCACGGAUACGCCAUUCUGUGGACAAAACAGCAGGCAAAAUCAGGAUAUUAUUCAAAGAUAAGGACCGGAAAUGGGACGAGAUUGAGAAUAAACUCCAAGCCGAGCAUGACUCUCUACUCCUCCAGACUUCCAGCACGGAGAUCACCACCGUCCUCCAGGAUCUGAAGAGAGUGGAGAGACAGUUACUAGUGAUUGAUGUGAUGGUGGAUCCGGACGGCACCCUGGAUGCCCUGACCAGCCUGGGACUGACCAGCCCUCUGACCGACCUGCAGAGGGUCAGUCCUGGGGCAGCGGGGCCCUCCGCUGCCGGUCACCCCCCUGGAGGUAGUAGUGGAGAAGGCCCUUCUAGCAGCACCCUGUCGGCCCCCAGCGGUGGACCCUCCUCGGGGGCCUCAGGCACCUCUACCCAGGUGGCAGAGAGAGACCUGGGACUCCAUGUGAAUAAUAAUCUGCCCUCUAGUGGUGGAGAACAGAACUGUGUGGUUCAUAAAUGAGGAGGAUACUGGAUCAAGAACACACAACUAAAGUACAACUACCUAAACACUUGCUUGGAGGGGCCCUGAUUGAGGCUCACUACUAGGGAGGAUGGUAAAAGACUUGGAGAGAUGGGAUUCCCACUGGGCACAGAUGUCAAUUCAAUAUCUCUUCCACAUUGUUUCAACGUCAUUUCAUUGAAAAGACGUGGAAGCGAUGUUGACUCAACUAGUGUACGCCCAGUGGGUUGACAUUUCCUUCAAUGUCUGGACAAACCUCCUGGACAUCAGACCUGACCAAAAGAGAAGUGAAGAAACACUGUUAAUCUUUGUCUAUGACAUACCAAUCCAUUUGUUCAUAUGAAUUGGAGCCAACAGUGAGCUUGUUCUGUAGCUAUAACAUGUGUAUAGAAAGGUUGUGAAAGGAUGAUGUACUGUCAAUACAAUCUCUGUACCAGUA